UCUCUCUCUCUCUCUCUCUCUCUCUCUCUCUCUCUCUCUCUCUCUCUCUCUCUUUUGUACCCGCACGCCUUGGCCACGCACUCAGUUCAUGGAAUUUGCCUACAGUUUCUCACGGCAACAAUGCAACGUUAAUAGCACGCACCAGCUGACCCUCCCACCAUGCAUGUCUGCGGUGAGGCUAAGGACCUUACUUUACCUCGUCUUACCUUGCGGGGUGGAGGAGGACUGCCGGCCCCGCCCAUCGAAGUCCCCGCCCAGCCCCUACCUUUCCCUCGUCCCGCCCCCUGGCAAUUCCUCCUAUAUAUACGCCCACCUCUCUACAGCAAGACAGUGACUCAAGUGAGACAACCACCAUGAUGAACAACGCUAUGUUGGUGGCAGUGGCCCUCCUCUCCGUGGCAUCCCUAUCGCUGGGUGAUGUCCGCUAUGUCGCCCCGGCACCAGCUUGCUAUGCUCCGACUGUCACUGCCUUCAAGACGGUGACGGAAGUGGAGACGUUGACGGAAACUGUCUACAAUACCCUGGUGGAGCAGGUUGUGGUCACCGAAACAAAGUCCCUCACUGAAACCGCCACGGCCAUAGAAACUAAGUUCGUGACGGAGACAGAGACUGAAAUCAACACAGAGAUCGAGCAGGUCGUGUCCACGGCUUUCGACACCGUGUUUGAGACCAUAGUGCAGACUAAGGUGGAGACCGAGGUGCUGGAGAAGACAGUCGUGGCCACGGAGACUGAGAUUCAAAAGGUGGAGGUGACGAAGUGCGCUCCUGCCUACCACCCCGCCCCUUACCACAGGCCCUCCUACCAUCCCCCCGCCACCGGUCACGUCUCCUCCUCCCUCGGCAGCUUCAAGGGCUAUGACGGUUUCCAGGGCUUCAAUAUAAAGGGGUACAAUCCAUUCAGGGGCUACGGACAUUAAGUAACUGGAUGGGUGUGUGUUUAACGUGUUGCCUUCAGUCUCUCUGCGCUGAUUAAGUCAUUGGUUAAUUUGCGUAGAUUGUGUAAGUUGUCCACUAUGCACCACGAUAGUAUGCUUUCCUCAGUUUUAUUCCUUCUCUUUCUUCUUCUUCUUCUUCUUCUUCCUCCUCCUCCUCCUCCUCCUCGUCCUCCUCCUCUUUCCGUUUUCUACUUAGUCCGUUUCUUUCUAUUUCUUGUUGGUUUAUGCUUCUCAUUUCCGUCUUUUUUUUCCCUUUUUUUCUUCUCUUUCGUUCUUUCUUGUUCACAUCUCCGUCUCCAUUUCAAACAUUUUGGUUCUCAUUCGUGUUUUUUUUUUUUCUGUCUUUUUUUGCAUGUGUAAGGUGUUUGUGUCUUGUCGUGUACUUCGUCCUCGUCUUUAUUCAUCCUGCUCUCUAUCAGUCCGUCUUGUGUCUUUAUUCAUGCCAGCCAGUGUACAGUUUCAUCGCCCUUCAUCCUGCACGUCGACCACUGAAUUGUAAGAGUGUUGCAUGUGUCUCUAAGUCUCUCUAAAGGAACCUUAUGAAUAAUGUAAAUAGGAAUAAUAUAUUUCUAUUGACGAAUACCUUCAGUCAAAACAAGAUUUCUUAUGGAUUUUCUUACUAACUUUCAUAUCCAAUGCGAACAAGUACCUAUCUCUCUCUCUCUCUCUCUCUCUCUCUCUCUCUCUCUCUCUCUCUCUCUCUCUCUCUCUCUCUCUCUCUCUCUCUCUCUCUCUCUCUCUCUC